AUGGCUGAACCAAGCCAGCUGCCUGACACUGCCGUCGCAGGGCCCGAAACGACUGCGACGCCGACUGAGGUCACUGCGCCUAUCGCUGCCGAGUCGACAGCAACGACAGAGCCCGAGACGGUCCCGAACUCCACAUCUACAGAGCCAAUCGCGCCGACAACUGCCUCCGAGAAACGUCAGUCUGCCUCAAACAUUGCCACGGCACCCUCUGAUGAGUCAACUCUUGGCCGUGCGCACACGACAGCCAAUGGAGAUGACGUCAUGAAGGUCGACGGCGACGCUCCGACCCAGUCAGAUGCCCCCAAAGAAGAGACUGCACCGACCGCUGCACCGAUAGAGACGGAGAACACAGAGAUGAUCGACUCUCACGAGGCUGAGGCCCUUAAGAACGAGUCCGCUGCACCAGCCGCCCAGCCCUACCUUACGGACGCACUAGAGGCCAUGCUCAACGGAUCCAUGGAGAUCGAACCACAGACGGACGGACGGCCCCAAGAAGCCAGCGCACAAGACCUGCCUCUGGUGAUUCAGCCCACAGAAACGGCCGCUGACGGCCCAACGGCAGACACGGCUGAGGGGGAGGGUGUCGACUGGGCGGUGGACUCCUCUCCGUACGAGACAUCGUCGUCCGACUCGGACAGCUCUGAUGACUCCGAUGACGACGACGAGGAGGCCGGGUCGGACGCAGACAUGCUCGGCGUGCAAGACACCGUGCGCAUGAUGAUGGAAUCGGCUAUGCAAGACUCGGACGACGACGAAGACGGCGGCAACCGGGGCGGCGGCAACAUCCGCAGCAAGAACGAGGAGCCCGAGACAGCGCCGCCCAAGCCCGAGGUCGAGAUCGGCCCCAACGACGAGGUAGUGCUGCUGGGUCCCAUUCUCCACAUUGUCGAGAACUCGGCUGUCAUUCGCGGCAACACGGACGGUGCGUACCGUGUCCUCGAUGCCGGCUCGGUCCUGUGCAAAGCUGACCGCACUGUGGUGGGCGCCGUGGCCGACGUCAUCGGCAACGUGCGCAGCCCCAUGUACGUGCUCCGGUUUGCCCAGAUGGCAGAAAUUGCCAAAAACGGUCUGGAAGCCGGCCAGGAUCUGUACUACCCGACCAAGCACGCGUCGUUUGUGUUUACCGAGGAGCUUCGCAACAUCAAGGGCUCCGACGCCAGCAACCUGCACGAUGAAGAAGUGGGCGCGGAAGAGGCCGAGUUCUCGGACGACGAGAAGGAGGCGGCGCACAAGCGAGAGCUCAAGGCGCGGAGGCGCGGUGGUAGUGCUGCGGGCGGCAACAACGACCGGAAUGGCUCUCAAGGCAAGCGGGGACAGAACAACAACAGCAACAACAACCGCGGCGCCCAUCCGCUGAGAAACGAGGUCAACGGUGGUGGCAGUGGGAGCGGCAGCGGCCUCAAGUACGACGAGGACGAAGACGAUGGGCCGUACAAGCCUCUCACGCGGCCCGCGAACUUUGGCCAGAACAGCUUGCCGCCGAUUCCGCCUCCGUCUGCCAGCACAAACAACAAUGCCAGCGCGGCGGCUCAUGCUGGUGGAGGCUCGUCCAGGGGCAAUCAGCGGUUCAACCGAGGCGGUUCUGGGCCCGGUGCAGGUUAUGGGCGGGGAGGAAACCGGGGUGGCGGGGGCUUUGGCUUCCGUGGCCGCGGCGGCUACGAUAACAACCGGGGUGGCCGUGGCGGCUGGAACGGCGGAAACCGCAUCAACAACAACAGCACCAAUAACACCAUUCAGGGCAGCAACUACUCUCCCAAUUCGCGACAGACCUCGUUCAACUACAACCCCUCCGCUGCGACUCCUCCACCACCACCACCGCAGUUGCAACAGAACCAGCAGCAUCAGUCAUCCACGGCACCAUGGCCGUUUGCUGGCGUGCCCUUCCCUCCGCCACCACCGCCUCCACAGUCGGGAAGCGUGCCACAACUGCCGCCAUCCGCUGCCAACAUGGCCGCGGCAGCGGCGCUACUCAACAAUGUGCAAGUUCAGCAGCUGCUUCAGCAACACCAACAGCAGCAGCAGCGGCAACAGCAAUCUCAAGCGGCCGCGCCAGCUUGGCCCGGGAUGCCUGCACCACUUCCACAACAGCAGUCCGGGUACCAGUUCCAAUAUCAACAGUCGACGUACCAGCCGCCACAGACGCAACAGCAGCAGCAGCAGCAGCAGCAACCAGCAGCGCCAGCCUUUGACGCGGCCACCAGUUUCCAGUACUUAUUCCAAGGCGGUGCUCAGGGACAGACACCUCCGCCCCCUCCGGGCUGGGGCCAACAGCCUCCUCCAUCAUGA